UUCCGGCGCAACCUCCGUACAACCUCGAGCUUUGCUGCAAUAGUGUUGCUGCUGCAAGAGACUAAUUCGGCCGGCUGCACACGCCCGGCCACCCGUGUCAAAGUCGCAGCAGCAGGCAAGCAGCUUCUCUCCUCGCCCUCACACUGCUGCUGCUCGCUCGCUGGAGGAGGCGUCUCUGGCCAGCUCGCCGCUCACCCUCCCAACUCACCCUCCCAACUCACCACCCUCACGCCCACCUCUGCCGGCUGCUGCCGCUGCCUCAGGCCGCCCGGCGAGUCUGCUUCGCGCCAGUGGUGGAGGGCUAAUGUCGCCCAUUUCCCUGCAUUGCUGUUGCCGGAGGACUCGCUGACGACCAGCUUUCGAGGCGGCGCCCGGUGUCUGGAGGUGAGGGGCUGGGUCCGAGAUGGACAUUAAUGCGUUGCUGUCGCCAGACGACGGAGCACGAUCUGCGAGAAGUCCUUCCACUCCGAGUGCUGCUGCUGCGACGCCGCCUGCUGCGACGCCGCCUGCUGCGAGGGCGCCAGCAGCAGAAUCACCGCCUGCGGUGCAGAGAGGGAAACGGCCCGCCGGUGGCAAACGCACUGCGUCCGGAUUGAGCCAAGAGCUCUCGCGGUCGCCAGAAAGGCGUGUAUCACCGCAGGCGCGGCCUCCAGCGCACGCGACAGGAGCUGCGGCCUUUUCGCAGCAGCAGCAACAGCAGCAGCAAUAUCACGCGUCGGCGCCCGCGCCGCCCAACUUCAGGCCGCUCCCGCCCACCAGCAAUCCCGUGCAGGUAUCCGAGCACCACCCGCAAUAUGCAUACUCACAACGGCCAUCGGUAGCCCAUCGCCCAUCGUCCACGCCGCAGGUGGAAAAGUUGACCGAUUUUCCUUCGCCGCACAAGCGUCAACAAACAUCGCGCACGUAUUCCGACAACAUCCUGCCCAAACAGGUGCAAGCACGCCCUCCGGCACAUCACCAUACGCUGAGGGACUCGGCGCCUCCCGUCGUGCGAACCAUCUCGCGCCAGAGCCUGGCGGAUCUCACAAUGGCCGAAGCACCUGCCCAAACUCCUCCGCCACGCGAGUUCACAUCAAACGCGCUGUCAGAAGAGGAAUCGCACCGAGUCUCAGAGCUGCUCGCCUAUCUGCGCGACAACUCCUAUGCCUAUCAGUAUCACGUGGAGCUGAUCAACCUUCUGCACAAAGGUUUCCGUGCUCACGUCUCUUCGCCUGUAGGUGCUCAACAUGGAGCGCAGCCAGGUGAGCCCCGCACGUACGCGCUACUGACCGAAAUGAGACAAGCGAGAGAAGCGAUGGACUCGCGUUUCGCAGUCGGCGAAGCCAUCUGGGUCGACUGGCUCAAUGAUGAGAUCCUCACUGCCAAAAACACCGAGGAGCGCAUGGCAGUCUUGGAGCUUUGUCAGAAAGCCGUUGCGGACGAGCCAGCUUCUGUCAAGCUCUGGCAAAUGUACGUGGACUAUGUUUCCAACAGCUAUGAGGCUUGCCACGACCUGCGCGAGACCAUUGAACGUGACUGGACGCCUGAAGACAAGGAGAUGUGCAAGGAACUCUUUACUCGGGAUCUGGUCAUGACAGUGCUCGAACAAGCGGCUGCAGCCACACAAUGGCGCAUGGACGAGAGCCAUGUUCUGUGGAACCGAUUCGCUAAAGCUGUCUACGAGCAGCUUCCUCAGCAGCCGUCGCAGGCUGACAUAACACCCAUACACAACAUAUUUCUCGGUCGUCUGAAAACACCUCAAACACAAUGGCCAGACACGAUGCAACUGUACUGGCCGAUCGUGUCACGCUUCGAGGGCGCGAACUGGGAGGCUGCUAUUGCACAUAUCAACCAACAGGCGGAGCCUGCCAAAGCGUGCUUUGCGAUACGGGAGGACCACGAGUUCAAACUCCAGCGGGCGAUUGAAAGCGGUGAUGCCUCGAACAUCCAUCACCAAAUGGAGCGGUAUCUCAAAGACGAGAAGUACUAUUCUCUCAAGCCAAAAACUGCAGGACCCUUCGAUUAUGAGUUACGCUGUGCUCUUUUUGAGCGUGCCGUUCUAUUUGAGCCGACAAAUCUUGAGUGGUGGCUGGACUACAUCGACUUUUUGGUAACGGAUCCGAAGUCCACCUCGCUGUUGUCAGUCAUCGAGCGCGCCACUCGCCAUUGCCCCUGGUCAGGAGAGUUGUGGGCGAGACGCAUAUUGCGCGCGGAUGUUGAACAACAAUCUCGAGACGACAUUGGCAACAUCAAACAUCGUGCCACCAACACUGGCUUGCUCGAUGUAGGAGGUCUUGAGGAGUAUGUGAAGAUGCUGGAAGAGUGGUGCAGCUACCUGCGUAGGUACGCGUUCCGGCAGACAAGUACAGAGGACGAUAUCGACACAGCUGAAUUUGGCAUUCACUCGACCCUUGAAGACGUACACGAGGCUGGCAAGCGGAUCUACGGUCAGGAGUUUGAAGGCGAUCCUUUGUUCCGACUGGAACAGAUUCAAAUCAAGUUCUACGUCGAAGCUAAGCGUUUCGAUCAGGCAAGAGAAAUCUACAAGACUCUGGCAACUCGUCUUGGAGGAUCUUACGAUUUCUGGAGCAAAUAUUACCAUUUUGAACUGCGCUUAUGGGCUUCGGACCGGAUACGUGAGGAGCGGAGAGUGGAGAGGCCGGAUAACGCACCCACGCUCGCAUCGCAGGUCGUCAAGGAAGCCCUGCGACAACGCAAUAUCGAUUUCCCAGAUCGGGUAUUGCAACUCUACACUAACCACUUUCAGCAGCACGAAUCUGGAGUUGCACUCCAGCACGCCUUGGCCGCUGCAAGGGAGUUCAAUAAGAAGCUCGCAGCUCAGCGUACAAAGGAACAGGAAGAAGCACAAGCCGUUGCCGCACAACAGCAAGAACAGCUCGCCGUUGCAGCCGAAGUGCUGGAAACAGGCAAUACCCCUGCUGGGGAGAAGAGAAAGCGUGAAGACGAACCCACCAAUGGCGACGUUGCCAAAAAGGUCAAGCCCACACUGGAGACCGUUCCGGAGGAAGCACGCAAUGAGCCUUCCGCUUCAGCCAGCGCACAAAUCAAGCGCGACCGUGAGCACAACACAAUCACGGUCAAGAAUAUGCCGCCCAGCAUUUCUGAAGGCGAGAUCAAGAAGUUUUUCCGCGACUGUGGCACACUACUAUCGAUCAGUAUCGUUCAAGACAAGGAAGGGUCGUCAGCUUCUGCCGUGGUUGAGUUCGAGUCCGAGGACGAUGUGAAGGCUGCUAAGACUCGGACCGGGAAAGAGAUUGGAGGAUAUGAAAUUCGCAUCCAGAGCGGCUCAGGAAGUACUCUCUACGUCACAAAUUAUCCAGCCGAGUACGACGAGGAGGCGAUUCGAGGACUCUUCAAGAAAUAUGGCGAGAUUGUGGCCGUACGUCUGCCAUCACUGAAAUACAACUCUCGGCGCCGUUUUGCGUAUGUCCAAUUCCUCAGCGCUGAAAUGGCCAGAGCUGCUGAGGAAGCUAUGGAUGGCAAGAAGCUUGACGGCUUGCAUACACUUUUGGCUAAGAUUGCCGAUCCUGAUGCCAAGAAACAACGCGCUGGCCCACAAAGUGAAGGACGCGAGAUCAUUGUGAAGAACUCCGAUCGUGAGGCCUCGGAGACACAGAUUCGCGAGUUCUUUGGCCAAUACGGCCAGAUUGAACGAAUCAAUCUCGUGAAGCUGGUCAACAACAGGGCGACAGGAACGGUAUUCAUCACAUACACCACAGCUGAAGGAGCCACAGCGGCUCUUGAAGGUGCGAACAACACUCCGUUCCAUGACAGAAUCUUGAAGGUGGAACUGGUACAACCGAAAGGACGUGCCGCUGCACCACAUGAGCGAGCUGGACGUGAGGACGUCAUCGUGAAACAGGACAAAGCAUCCGCGACACCUGAGCCAGCCAGUAAUGGUGCUCGCCGUGGUUCGGAUAUCUCCAUGCAGUCCGCAAAUCAGGAUGACGAGUCGCACAAGAACGUGAAAGAGCGCAAAAUCGCGAUUUUCCACUUGCCAGACACCGUCAACGAUGCGCGUAUCCGAACUGCAAUGGAGCAAUAUGGUCCCAUCACCAAGAUUCAACUUCGGCGCGAGAAGCAGGGAGCGAUUGUCGAAUUCAAGGACGUCAAGGAUGCUUUCCGUGUCCGCACUGGUGUCGAUGUGAGCAGCCUUGGACCAGAGGCAAGCACCGGCGAUGUUGGCGACCUGCUCGCAAAGCAAAGCAGAAAGAAGAAUGGUGAUCUACGGGGUACGGGCGCGGACGUCUCGAAUCCUGGAGCCAAGCCUGCGUUUGUUCCGCCACAGGCAACACGUCCAGGUGGUGCACGAGGAGGCCGUAGAGGAGGGCUUGGAUUCAAGCGAGGUGGAUUCUCGAGUGGCAAUUCCAGGAGCGAUGCUGCUGGUUCCAACUCUGAAGAGGCGGGCACGGCGAAGAAGAGCAAUAACGAUUUUCGUGCUAUGUUAGAGGCGAGUAAAAAGAAGGAUGAGCGAAAUGGAGAGUAGGCGCGUUAUUGGUGUUGUUGGACGAUGAUGUAAAGUGAGGCUGUACUCUAGUGUAAUAUGUACAAAAGAAUUGCUGGCCGUUACUGGCAUUGGUGCAUCAUGAUACCGAG